GAUUGAGUGAUUAUCUAAAUAAGGACAGAACUACAGUACACCACCGUUUUUUGGCGCCAGCCUCGUGGCUUUGAAAUAAUUAAGCGUGUGAUCGAUCAAGAUUUGACAAAAGAAUGUCUGGCAGUGAUGUAGCACUUAACGAGUCUCAAAAGAUGUUUCAUUGCUUUGCUUGUAAGAAGAUCUUUGCUUCUCAUGACGGAAUCCGAAAGCAUGAGACAGCCCCGAACAAACAUGGCCCGCCAUGUAAAGAGACGAAUCAUGAGCACCAGUUGGUAAAUGAGGAAUUUGCCACAAUAGAAUUGGCCAAAGAAUGGCUUCUUGUCAAGGAAUUUGACAAGAUAUUUACCAUUUUUACCUCUCGACCAGAUUACAUUCGGUAUCAGUGCCGACAUGUUAGAAGCAAGCAGACGCCUAAGAAAAAUCCAACCAAAAAUGUUCCGAGUAUACCGUUCAUCCCCUGCACAGCGAAAUUAUUUGUUGACAAGAUAAAAGUGUGCAAAUGCUCGAACAAUCUGACUAACACCUGCGAGAGUCCAUCAUUGGUGUAUAGAGUUCGAGGCUGCACCACUCAUUCUCACGAGAUUGAAAUACGCUACAACCGCAUCAGUGGAAACACCAAGGCAAUGCUUAUAUCCCUUUUACAGGCAGGAAUACCAAAGAAGACAGUUUUGGAGCAGUAUUGUUCAUUUGAAAAUUACUCAAACAUGAAUCAGAAGUUGAUCACUUCUAUGGAUUUACGAAAUUUGGAGAAACUCCACGUCAACAACGGAAUUGACCUGAAGAAGUCCGACUUCGAAAAUAUUUGUGAUUUAAUGGAACGUCCCGAUUUCAGAGGCUUUUCGUUUACUGACCUUGAACAUGAUCCCAACACAGUGCCCUCUACAAUUUCUGACAAGCUUAUUCCAAAUGCCACCAAGAGCAUGAUAGUUUAUGCUUCGGAAGAAAUGCUCUCACAAUUCCAUAAGUAUCCGGUGACCCUUUUUGUCGACGGAACACAUGGGACAAACAAGUCAAAAUACUCCCUAAUUUCUUUUGUUGUGGCAGAUACCAGGGGAGAAGGGGUGCCAAUCAUGAUCGUGAUUGCGAAAACUGAGUCAAAAGAGGUCAUAAUUCCAGCCCUGGAAAUCCUGCAACAUUUGGCCCCGGAAGCUCUGUCUAAUGUCAAGGCACUGGUAUCGGACAUGUCACCGUCCUUUAUAAAUGCGUGGAAACAUGUUGUUCCAAGUGGAGACGUGCGCCAUGUCAAAUGUGCUUGGCACCUGCAGAAUGCAUGGAAACGUGAGCUAUUGCCACAGAGGCUGGAAUUUUAUCAAUCACUAUGCAGACUACGCCUUGUUGCCGACGAGAGAGAAUUUUGGGUCCAGUUUUACAAGAUCAGGCAUGACUAGGACGAUACUUCAAAUAGCUGGCAAUACUUUGAAAAGAAUUAUGGGCCUAAUGGCAAAGUUGCGAAACCUCAUGAAUGGGCCCGAUGCUUUUUGCUGGGAACAGUUGCAACAAAUCUCAUCAUCGAACGUUACCACCGAACAAUAAAAGACCACGGGCUUAGAAGGAUGAAACGAAUGGACCAAUUAUGCUUUGAUUUAGUUCGGGUUGACCGUUUUUACCGUCGGAAGGAGGCCGAAUUACAAUACGGAAUAUAUGGGGCACACAAACCCUCGAAAGCCCAAGCGGACUUUGAAUCAUGCCAUCCUGACAACAUCGAAGACUAUGCCGUUACAACACGUCAAAUGCAUUCGAAUCACCAGUACCCUCCACCUCAACAGCCUUGGUGGAGAACAACUUGAACAUGAAUGACAAUAUGCCCGUACUAAACACUUUGGGAGUCGAAGUCCAUGACAUGGCACUCGAGGACAGGAAGCAAAAAGCUGUGGAAAUUUUGAUGCGAUGGAAAGAAUUCGUUGAGCAAGGACCAUCUUCUGAGUUGAGGAUAGUGUUGGAUCACAUUGAAAAGUUUAAUGGAGAAGCCCCUAUCAAAAUGAA